AUGGCUUACGGUUGUGCUCGAAGAGGAAGCUCCUAUGGGAUUGAUAUCUACUCUUCAGAAAGUGCAUCUUGGAAACACAUUCGUGUCAGUACAUCACCAGGUGACUCCCUCACACGCAGGGUCUUUUGGAAUGGAGCAAUUCAUUGGAUGAGUGAUGAGAACAUUCACUUUCGAUUUGAUGUUGAUGCAGAAACUCUGACGGGAACUCCAAUGCCUCCAUACCCUAAAAUUCUUUCUGGCGGGAAAUAUAUGUAUUUUGGAGAAUAUCAUGGCCAUUUGUUUCUCAUUCAGACUCGUCAAUGCUCUCCUAUGGGAUUCAGAAUUCUUGAGAUGGACAGGGACUCCUGCUGCUGGAAUGUGAAGUACCGGGGAGCAAAUGAAAAAGAUUUUGAAAUGAUAUUAGCUAUCCAUGGCAAAUAUAUUUCUUAUAAUCUGGAUUGCAAGACAUGGAAGAUGCUUCGUGAUUUGCAGCCUGGUGAUUUUCAUGAAUCAACUGGUUAUAAUAAUGCUUUUCAAUUCAUUGAAAGCCUAUCCCCUGUUUGA